GUCAGAGAAACAUGGCAGCUAGGCGAAUUGCACAGGAGACUUUUGAUGCUGUAUUGCAAGAAAAAGCUAACCGAUAUCACAUGGACCCCAGUGGUGAGGCCGUAGGUGAAGCUCUUCAGUUUAAAGCUCAAGAUCUUCUAAGGACAGUCCCAAGAGCAAGAGCAGAUAUGUAUGAUGACAUUCCUAGUGACAGCAGAUACACUCUGGCUGGAUCUGUAGCCCACCCUCGAGACACUGGGAGAGAAAGCUUAAGAGGUGAUGUGUUUCCAGGACCUUCCUUCAGAUCAAGCAAUCCUUCUGUAAGUGAAGACAACUACUUUCGCAAAGAGUGUGGCCGGGAUCUGGAAUUUUCCCACCCUGAUUCCCGAGACCAAGUUUUUGGCCACCGGAAAUUGGGACAUUUCCGUUCUCAGGAUUGGAAAUUUGCACUCCGUGGCUCUUGGGAACAAGACUUUGGCCACCCCGUUUCUCAAGAAUCCCCUUGGUCACAGGAGUAUAAUUUUGGUCCUUCUGCACUGCUUGGGGACUUUGGUUCCUCUAGGCUGAUUGAGAAAGAGUGUUUGGAGAAAGAAAGUCGGGAUUACGACGUGGACCGUCCAGGGGAGACAGACUCUGUGCUCAGGGGCAGUGGCCAAGUCCAGGGCAGAGGCCGAGGUCUAAACAUCGUUGACCAGGAAGGGGCCCUUUUAGGAAAGGGAGAGACUCAGGGCCUGCUCCCAUCUAAAGGGGGAGUUGGGAAACUUGUCACACUAAGAAGUGUGAGCACGAAGAAGGUACCCACUGUAAAUCGUAUUACUCCCAAAACUCAGGGCACCAACCAAAUCCAGAAAACCACCUCAAGUCCUGAUGUGACCCUGGGGACAAACCCAGGAACAGAAGAUAUCCAGUUUCCCACUCAGAUCCCUUUGGGGCUCAAUCUGAAGGAUAUUCGGCUUCCCAGAAGAAAGAUGAGCUUCGACCUCAUAGAUAAGUCUGAUGUUUUUUCAAGAUUUGGGAUAGAAAUAAUCAAAUGGGCAGGAUUCCACACCAUAAAAGAUGAUGUUAAAUUUUCCCAGCUUUUCCAGACUCUCUUUGAACUCGAAACCGAAACCUGUGCUAAAAUGCUCGCUUCAUUCAAAUGCUCCUUAAAACCAGAGCACAGAGAUUUUUGCUUUUUUACGAUCAAAUUUUUAAAGCACUCUGCUUUGAAAACACCCAGAGUUGAUAAUGAGUUUUUAAACAUGCUUUUAGACAAAGGUGCUGUGAAGACCAAAAAUUGCUUUUUUGAAAUCAUAAAGCCUUUUGACAAGUACAUAAUGAGGCUUCAAGACCGCCUUCUGAAGAGUGUCACACCCCUGCUCAUGGCUUGCAAUGCCUAUGAGCUGAGUGUCAAGAUGAAAACCCUCAGUAACCCCCUGGACUUGGCUGUUGCCCUGGAGACCACCAAUUCUCUCUGCCGGAAGUCUUUAGCCCUUUUGGGACAGACUUUCUCCUUGGCCUCUUCCUUCCGGCAAGAGAAAAUCUUAGAAGCUGUUGGCCUCCAAGAUAUAGCUCCCUCUCCUGCCGCAUUUCCAAAUUUUGAGGACUCUACUCUGUUUGGGAGAGAAUACAUUGAUCACCUGAAGGCCUGGCUGGUCACCAGUGGGUGUCCACUUCAGGUCAAGAAAGCUGAACCUGAGCCUACCCAAGAUGAGGAGAAAGUUGUUCCUCCUACCAAACUCGAAGUUCAGGCCAAGUCUCCGAGUGGUCUCAGUGAUGCUGUCCCCCAGCGAGCGGAUCACAAGGUGGUGGACACCAUCGAUCAGCUGGUCACUCGUAUUGUUGGAGGCAGCCUAUCUCCCAAAGAGAGAGCUCUUCUCAAGGAGGACCCUGCUUACUGGUUUUUGUCUGAUGACAGUAGUCUGGAGUAUAAAUACUACAAAUUGAAGCUGGCAGAAAUGCAGCGGGUGAGCCACACCUUGCCAGGAGCAGAUCAAAAGCCAACAGCAGCAGAGUGUGCGGUCCGGGCCAUGCUGUAUGCUCGGACAAUCCGGAGCCUCAAGAAGAGGCUCCUCCCAGGCCGCCGUCGGGGGCUGCUCCGCACUCAAGGGCUUCGGGGCUGGAAGGUGAGGAAAGCAACCACUGGGACCCAGACCCUCCUCUCCUCAGGCACCAGACUGAAACACCAUGGCCGGCAGGCUCCAGGUUCAUUGCAGAGAAAGCUGUCCCAGCCAGAUGGAAAUGAUACUGUCAAGGACUGCCCACCUGACCCAGUUGGACCCUCUCUUGGGGAUCCCAGCCCAGAAGUCUCGGGCCUAUCCCCCAAGCCAGCAGGAGCGGAAGUCUCUGAAGCUCCUCAAUCCUCCUCUCCCUGCCCAUCUGCUGACGUUGACAUGAAGACAAUGGAGACUGCAGAGAAACUGGCCAGAUUUGUUGCUCAGGUGGGACCAGAGAUUGAACAAUUCAGCAUAGAAAACAGUACCGACAACCCUGACUUGUGGUUUCUCCAUGACCAAAAUAGUUCAGCCUUCAAAUUCUAUCGAAAGAAAGUAUUUGAACUAUGCCCGUCAAUUUGUUUCUCAUCAUCUCCACUGAACCUCCACACCAGUGAGAGUGCUGAUUCUCAAGAGAGCCCCCUUGAUCCCAUGGAAGGGGAAGGAGAGUUUGAAGAUGAGCCCCCUCAGCAUGAGGCUGAGUUGGAAAGCCCAGAGGUGAUGCCUGAGGAGGAUGAUGAAGACGAGGAAGAUGAGGAUGAGGAUGAGGAGGGGACCGAAGAGGCCUCCACUCCUAGAGGGGCCUCCAGGCAACCAGGAGGGGCUGCCAAGUCCGAGGGCUAUGAGGGCAGUCCCCCCCCUGAUGGCCUCCCGAGCGAGGCAGCCGAAGAUGGCCCAGCAGGUGCACCUGCCCUAUCACAGGCCACCUCAGGGGCCUGCUUCCCUCGGAAGAGGGUCAGUAGCAAGUCCUUGAAGGUUGGCAUGAUUCCGGCUCCAAAGAGGCUGUGUCUCAUCCAGGAACCCAAAGUUCAUGAACCAGUUCGAAUUGCCUACGACAGACCUCGGGGUCGUCCCGUGUCCAAAAAGAAGAAACCCAAGGAUUUUGAUUUCGCCCAGCAGAAGCUGACUGACAAGAACCUGGGGUUCCAGAUGCUGCAGAAGAUGGGCUGGAAGGAGGGCCACGGCCUGGGCUCCUGUGGAAAGGGCAUCAGGGAGCCCGUCAGCGUGGGAACUGCAUCGGAAGGGGAGGGGUUAGGUGCUGACGGGCAGGAGCACAAGGAAGACACGUUUGACGUGUUCCGUCAGAGGAUGAUGCAGAUGUACAGACACAAACGGGCCAACAAAUAGGGGAAAGGUGGAUGUCAUGCCUGGUGUCCAAUCCCCAUGCAGAAGAUUCAGCACGUCUUCACCAAGGGGAGGUUCAAGCUCAUGCCCAUGUCCAGCAGCUUCGUCCAUAGGAUUUGUGGAUGUGAGGCCACCCUCAAGCCUGCCCAGUACCCUCCAAGUCUCCCCAAAUCAAAGAGAGUCUUUGUCAAACACCCAGACUUCCAAGAGUCUCCCUAGGCUCCUCUCCUCCCUCAGCAUCCUGAACAUUUCCCACCCUGGCCAACUUCUCCCCUCCCCCCUCAAGCAGGCUGUCUCUCCCACAGAAGCUACUCCAGCUCAUCUUUGGUCUGGGGAUGGUCAGGGACCAGGAGGUGGUCCGCGGACCACAGUUGCUGUCUAAUCAAUGCUGAACAGAGCUGUAGUUACACUCUAUGCCUCCUGCCACCACCCAGUCCCUUCUCCCUACAGCAGCCACAGGGAGCUUUUGAGAACUUGAAAAAUACACCAAGUUUCUCCCUCACACAAAAGCUGCCUGUGGCUCCCAUCAUCCUAGAAUGGAGCCCCCUUACUCCCUGCAGCCCUGGCAGGAGACCCAGCCCCUGCCCAUCUCCCUGGCUUUCCCUCCUCCCUCUCCCCCUUGCUCACCCUGCUCCAGCCUCCACACCCUCCUUGGUGCUCCUCAAACAUACCCAGCUCCUCUCCUCAAACAUGCCCAACUCCUUUCCACCUCAGGACCUUUGCAUAUGCUGUGCCCUCCACCCGGGAUGCCCUUCCCCGUGAUCUCAGUGUGCUUGACUGGUUUCCGCUCUUUCAGAUCUCAGUUUAAAUGUCACUUCCUCAGAACAGCCCCCCACCCCAUGAUCUCCAGGCCACCUCCCAUUUCCUGUUUGAGUCCCUUCUCAGUACACACUGCCACGUGAUCUCUCCUUGUUUA